AUGAAGACAAGAACAUUCAAGCAACACCUGCUGCAUAUCGCCCAAGAAAAAGGCCUCCCAGCCCCAGAACGACAAGUGAAGAAGGCAGGCAGAGAUGAUAUAGUGAUGCUGAUGGUGGACAUCUAUGGCCAACAGUCUGUUGAGCUGACCAAAGACGUUUUACAGAGAAUGAACAAGACUGAUCUGCUAGAGACGCUCUCAGGGACCAGCUCAGGAUUCAACACUGAGAAGAAACUUCAGCAAAAAGAUCCACAACAUGAAUCAACCAUGACAUCGGUCCAUUCACAGCUUUUAGAAACACUGGAAGAAUUAGGUUCAGGGGACCUGGAGAAAUUCAAACAUGUCUUGCUCUACACUAAAAUGAAAGAAGGGCUCCCAAAAAUCCCAAAGGACCAAGUGGAGACUGCAGACAAAGAUGAGAUAGUGAAGCUGAUGGUGGAGAUCUAUGGCCAACGCUGUGUGGAGGUGACUAAGGAUAUUUUAGAGAGGAUGAACAGGACUGAUCUGGUCGGAAAGUUGUCAGAAAGCAGCUCAGUAUCUAAAGGGCCUUUUGGUUGUGUGGAGCCUGACGACUGUGGACAAGAAAUGCCGGACUCUGGUCACUGGACCAAACUUGAUCCUGAAGUGAACAGUACUGAUGGAGAUGAGUCUCCUACAUACAGCCUACAGAGUGAAGUAGGAAACGGUUUUGAAUGCAAUGUCUCCGGCAUUCGCUGGAUCUGUAAGGAUAAGGUCAGCUUUCAGUACAAGUUUUGCUCUUGGGAGGAACACAUUGAGAGGAUGGAAAGCUUGAAAUACUUGCCUGCAGGUCCUCUAAUGAACAUCAAAGUCAUUGCUGGAAAGUUUGAUGAAGUGUACCUGCCACACUGGAUCUGCAUAGACGGCAACACUGACAUAUUAGGAGAGUUUGCCGUCCUCCACAUCGAUGACUGUGGUGAUGUUGUGGAACAAGUUUCCGAGGUCACGCCUUGCCAUGUCAAGUUAGCUGAACCAGUUUUUUCGCCAAAGGGGGUUCUGAUCAAAUUUGGUGUGCGUGUGAAAACACGCUGCAGCGUGUUGAUAUUUAAGAUGAAAAAUACAUUCCUCAAGCUCAAAGUUUAUCUGAUCCCGUGUGAUCCUGGUCUUCGACAGGAAAUUCUCAAGAUUGAAAAAAACUACGAAAACAAAGAAAUUGAAGUACCACCUAAAAAUAUGCACUUGAGAAUGAAGGAUGACUUUAUCCUAUCAACCGAUAUGGAUGGUGCAGAAAUUUGUCCCGAAGAAGUCAAGCUCGAAUAUCAAUUCACCGAUCCACCGUACUUUAAAGUACGUAUAAGAAAUCCAGACACAGACUUCAUCCUCAAGCUUACAAAAAAAAAAGAGAGUACACCAGUGUGGACCCGCAAAAUUGACGAAGAUGAUUACCAAAGCAAUUCCCAUGCACCAGUAGAACUCCAAACCUUAUGAGAUUGAGAAAUGAACCUUCAAACCGACAACCCUUUGGAAGACACUUUAGCUCAGUUGAGGGAGCAGGCCGCCCCAUGGGCUACAGUCCUUGAGGAAUCGACUGCAGAUUCAACUCCAAAGCUCAGACCUGCGAUGCAUGUCGACUGCAAAUUUCCUGUCUCUUCAGCUG